UAGAAAAACAGCAAAGGGAAAAAGAAACGGGAGAGGAUACGGGAGCUAACGGAAAGAAAACUGGAGCAAGAGGGAAGGAAGAAGAGAGAAGAGGCGGGGCAGGUUGUGAGAAGGGAAGAAAAGGUUGGAUUGGAAAAAGAAACGGGGAGAGCAAGAGAGAAAGGGGACAUCGAGUGACAGCCAAAAAGCUAGGAAAACUCAGGUUUGAGAAGGUUGAGACCGAGAGUGGGCAAACAAUUAGCGGCGAGAAAGGGAAAAGAGCAAGAGUGAAAGGGAAAAACUUACCGAAAACAGAAAGAAAAAUUUGGGAAGAGAGGAAACACAAGGCAAGGAAGAAGGGAGGUCGUGGUUUUGGCUGCGUUCUGGGUCUGCUCAAACGAAGUUCUUCUGCUCCAUUCGUCUGAUUGGAAGGUACCGUACAUUAAGGUUAUGGCCGGCACUAGUGCAGCGGGCGGAGGCGAGCCACCUCAGAGGCGCCCUCGGGUUAUCGAUUACCAGGAGAGACCGGGAGGUCCGAUUCGGCUGUGGUAUACCGCUAGCCGGACCCGCCGCUGUAGGCGUUGCCAGUUUUACUCCUACGCGGACCACGUGGUUGAGGCGGUACUUGCCGAGCGACGGAGGCUUAGAUGUGACGCCGCCAGGGAGCGCACUGAGACCCUUAGGCUUAAAGGCAUCAUGCGGAUGCAGGCCGAUAGGAUUGGGGAGCUCCAGGGGGACGUGGUCAUGGAGCAGGAGAGGACGGACGCUCUGAGAGAGCAGUUGCAGGUGGUUAACGACCGCCUUACUAGAGUAGUCCGGGAAGUGAGAGACCGGUCCGGCGCUAUUAUCGACAAGUGUGGGGCGCUAAUCCAGGGAGUGAUUGGCGCCAAUGCGCCAGGGGGAGUUCCAGGUGGCGGAGCUCCAGGUCAGGGAGGCGCCCUUAGCUCUAGUUCUGGGGGGAGUCGGUUGACUCCGUCGAGGACUAGAUUAGGGUUUUUGAGCCUUGUUUUGAUCCCGUGUGAGGGAUACCUAGGAAAAGUUUUUGGUUAGUUGUUUUGCACCUUUUGGGACCUAGGUUGUAUAGUGUAUUUUGGUAGACCCUCUUUUGGCUUCACGGGAGUACCUUUGUAUAUA